UACAAGCGGUACUACUUUCCUGGUGUCCGUCUAAAACGAACAGCGGAGGAUGUCUGUGGCUGCUGCGUUGUACUACUGGAAAAGAGAACUCACCUUAACGAAGCAAUCGCUCAGCGCCGAUUCGUGUACAACUUUGUCAAAGAUUAUACGGCUUUGCAUGCGCCUCAGCAGAUUUUACCUGAUCAGGUUAUCCCACAUACAAUCGACGACGUUGCUGCUGACGACGAAACUGACAUGGCUGAUUAUGGAGGUGGUAUUUCGAUGUCGUACUAUGCUCUUUGUCGCCCAUCAGCAGAUUACUUCAACAGCAACCUCAUGAUCAAGAAUUUUGUAAUUGCAGACAUUACGAAUGAGCAGAACAACGUGUACUUUUAA